AUGCUGGGAGGCCUGGGGAAGCUGGCCACCACGGGCCUGGCCUACCGCACCGAGAAGGCCACCAAGGGAGUCAUUCAUGCCGUGGAGGAAGUGGUGAAGGAGGUGGUGGGACAUGCCAAGGAGACUGGCGAGAAAGCCAUUGCCGAAGCCGUAAAGAAAGUCCAAGAGUCAGGGGACAAAAAGAUGAAGGAAGUCACUGAGACAGUGACCAACACAGUCACAAAUGCCAUCACCCAUGCAGCAGAGAGUCUGGGCAAACUUGGACAGUGA